AUGUAAGGGUGGAGUUCUUUUGAUAAGCACGCGUGUAGAGUUUGGCGCCGUUCGGUGGGAUAACGAGAUAACCCUCAUGAAACAACUGCGAACAUAACACAACAUGUGGCCAGGCUCGUCUCUCGCAGUGUCAGGAAGUGUUGUUAUAAAGCUUAACUGAGCAAUUUAACCUUAUUCAGGCUGAACUGUCAGGUCACCCACGUACAGUCAAUGCCCACCCAGAAAUAGAGCCGUGCAGCUGGGGCCCUGCUGGUCUUGCUCAUCUUGUGCAGGGUCACUUGAGUGCGGAUUCCCCCCUGAAAACCCUCCCUCCUCCUGCUGCUGCAGCCCCGCCAGCUGAAGAGUCUACACACACACACACACACUGUGACCUGCCUGCAUCAGCUGGUAGGACAUGCGCUACACAACUGCUCCUCUAUUGUGAAGACCUGGAAGGAGGGCAGGCUACACUUCUAACUCAAGGAUACCAUUCAUAAAAAGGGAGAGACAAGAGAUAAGUCUCCUGGAGGACAAAGAUCCAGGAUGUCUGGAAUAAGGCACGAACAGCCAGAGAACCACGACAAAGUUGAAAAGAGAUCUGGUUCUCCAUUUUCAACUACCGCCAAAAGCAGCUGUAUGGGAUAGCACCGGCUGUUGACCAUGCCAGUGGCCAUACGGAAAAGAAGUUGGGAGGAGCACGUGACUCAUGCUUCAGGACUACAAUACAGCUUUGAUGAUCUGGAUCUGGUCUGUUGUCAUGGAGUGGACAGUGAGGGACCUUGGAUGGGUGCAGGGGCUUCCAAACAAGGUCGGCGGACGAGAUGUGCUUCCAUGCCAGAGGGCUGCCACCAACUGCCCACAGAGGACCUUGCUCGGAUACUUGAGGUGACAGCUGCUGGCGUGAAUGAUUAUACUGAAUCAGCUGACAUUCCCCAAAGGGCCUCUGAAUCAGAGUAUUUCCAAACCACAAACAUUGGGAAUUCUGGAGAGUCUCACUGGAACUCAAACCGAGGGAUUUCUUUUGCAAGUAUUUCUUGUGCAAUUGAUAGCAGCAGUCCCAGUGAGAAAACUAUAAAUGAUGAAGGUGAAGUUGGCACAGAGAGUAGCCAGAGUCACGACAUCUGCAAUGACGAUAAUGUCUUUAAAAGUCCGCAUAUCUCCCGUGAAGAGCAACAAUGCAUCUCUAUCUCUUCAAACAAUAGGCCUUCACUGUCUGAAUCCGCUGGUGAACAGCCUGGCAAACUUCCAAAUCAUCAGGAAACAAAGGAGAGCCAUACAGAGGGUUACAGCAGACCUCCUGAAAUCUCUGAGGCCACACUAAACCAGUUCUCUGCCGCUGAACUGGAACCUCAAACUGACCUCCUAGAUGUAGAGGAAGGGGAGACUUCCACCACGAGCCGUUCUGAUGCAAGGGUAGCCUUACUUGCUGGUGUGCUGAGCAGUUCAGUUAAUAUGAUGGAGAGUGGUGAUAUAAUGUCACAGGCUGACAAAACUUUGGAACCAGUUGUGACUUUGGUUGUAGAAGAGGUUUGUGACAAAGGAGUAACUGACAGCUGGAUUGCAGAUUCUGCUGACAGGUUGGAUGGAUUAAAUGUCCCACAAACUCUAAAUGAAAAAACAGGACUUAAACCUCACUCAAGGGACAUCCAAGGAGGAGAGCAAGAUCAUCAUGACUGCCCUGGUAUAUUGGAACAGACUUAUGGUUGUGAAAUAUCCUGCCAGAAAUUGUUGGAACAGCAUAAUGUUGAAAUGACAGCAAUGAACGGGCCUCAGGGAGAGGAAAGUGCACAAGCAGAAAGCAGCGAGAAGGCAGCAGAUAUCAGGUAUGGGCCAAACACAUCCUCUGAUAUUUGUUUCGAAGAUCAAUGCUGCUCUGUGACAGUUGAAAAACUGAAUACAGGAUAUUCAGAAGAAAACCCCAUACAGUCAAACAUUACUCAGUGUGUGGACCAGUAUCUGGCAAUGGCCUCCCCCAUUGGUCAACCAACAGAAAACCCAGAUGAAAGCGUCGUCUCCAAAGAGUUUGCUUGCUGCGAAGAUCAAACCCUAGCUCAGCAGCUGGAAAAUAGCUAUUCAAAACUGAAUCCUAUCCCAGAAGUUAGCCACGUUGAGCCAGAUGACACCCCUAUACUGGAUCCUCAAAGGAACUCAGAUUUCACCCAAAAACCAGAUAUUCAGCGCUCCCACAUGGAUGAUAAACAUGCAGCUACUGAACAGCACACGAAAAACCUGCCAGCAUCCUCUGCAGAGGUCUGCGAUGGGCUCUCACCAGAGGGACUCCAUGGUAACCAGAAGGCCUCUGGUUGUUACUUAAGUGAGUCACCUGCCUCUGAGGUGGCAGAUGGUCAGAGGGAACACCACACACCAGCAGCUGCAGUCUCUAGGAUGGAGGAGACACAGACGGUUAUUUACAAUGACAUGCGACUUGCCAGCCCAGUUUUAGAUGGAAGGAAUGAACCUGAGGAUCAGAAAGAGGACAAUGUGGUCAGAGUGCGCAUGAGAAAGCGUGAACAUGCUCGUCUGGACUCAAUGGUGUUGCUACUGAUGAAGCUGGACCAGUUGGACCAGGAAAUUGAAAAUGCCCUCAGUACCACCUCCCCUAUGGACAGCACUGCGACACUUCAGCGACGACAACUCCUGGAGUAUGAUUCAGGGUCUGUGCUAGCAGCAUCACAAAACCCUCCAAAUCCACACAUUCCUGCUGCCUCCACCUCAGUACCUACACAAGCCCUGGGAGCAAAACCGAAGAGCGGGAGUAUCUCUACCAUUCCCGAGAAAGAAAAAGCUGAGAUUGAAGCCAAAGAGGCCUGUACCUGGCUCCGGGCAGCAGGGUUCCCACAGUAUGCCCAGCUUUAUGAAGAUGCCCAGUUUCCCAUUGACAUCUCCUCAGUCACCAGAGACCAUGACUUCCUCGAUCGAGAUGCUAUUGAGGCUCUCUGCAGGAGGCUGAACACCCUCAACAAGUGUGCUCUCAUGAGACUGGAGAUUUCACCGCAAAGAAAAAGAAGUGAGGACUCUGAUGAGGACGAGCCUUGUGCCAUCAGUGGCCGCUGGACCUUUCAGAGGGACAGCAAGCGCUGGUCCCGCAUGGAGGAGCUGGAGGUUUUUUCCACACUGCCCUCAGAUGCUGUUUUGCCCUCUUUCCACAAGGACCAAGUAUCCCAGAAAGGCAAGCUCGCCCUGCGCGAAGGCAAUAGCUCAGAGAGUGUGCUCACCGACCUCAGUGAACAGCCUGAAGUGGGCUCCAUUCACAGCAGUGGGAGUGGAGGGAGGGGAGAAGAGAAGAGCCAUGGUGCCACCCUGACACCUGAAGCCACACCUGCUGGUGCCACUCGUGCCAGCUCUGUAGCUAGCAUGUGUUCAUCAUCGGGCACUGGCGGGUCAGGAUGUGCUAAUGAGGACUCUCUGUCUGAUGGGAUGCCUCCGUCGCCCAUGGAAACACUCGGACAAUUCACCUUUGAUGUGAAAACAGGCAUGGGGGGACUAGGAGGAAGCCUCGACAGAGGAGGCAGCAAAAGUACACGUUCAAGAGCUAAGAGUUUCCUUAAGAGGAUGGAGAGUCUACGGCUGCGCAGUGGCACCACCUCCAAGAGAAAGAAAAAGGGGAGCACCAGUGGAGGGAAGAUAGAAAUCAGUGGCCCUGUCAUCAAAGAGGGUCUGGAUGAUGACAAGCUGCGGAGGCUCAACUGUGUGGACAUCUCCAGUAUCAACCUCAACCAGAAUCUCAAUCACCACCGCAAUCCCACUCAGACAAUGACACUUAACAGGAAUCGAUCUGUGUCCUACUCCACUCAGACCAGUAACGGCAGCACUGGAAGCACUGGGAGCAGCCAGUCUGAAGCUAGCAGUGGAAGUGCGGUAAGCACACCGAGCCCAGUGACUCGCGCUCGCAGCCACAGCACGGCAGCAGGCUCUAGUAAGAGAGGAGGAAUGUAUUUGGAGGGAUUUGAUCCUUUCAGCAUUCCCCAACAAACUUUAGAUCGACAUCCAACACCCCCACCCAAAUCUGCCCCGCCCAUCCCCUGUCAAGCCAGUAAUGGGAUGGCAGUUGAUGAACAAAACCGCAAGAACAAUUUCAGUGUUCGAGGCAAUAGCAGACAAGCAGAAGAAGAAGAAGAAGAAGACGAAGAGGAGGGUAUGAUCUUCUUUUAUUUACCAGAAGGUCACAAGCCUGGAACUUUCCCCAAAGCCCUGCAGGACGGGAGUUCACGCAAUCACAACGGGAAUGAUAAUGGGAACUCAGUGAUCCUCAGGGGGCGGCAAAGUAGACGUCAGCGUCGUGGCUCUUCGGGUUCCGUCGACAGCCGGCUCAGUUUUUACGACAACGUCCCCUACACAGAGAGAGAGGAGGAGGAAGAGGGGGAUGAACAGAAGCUGGAGCAAGUGCUGCAACACGUCAGCGGCCUGCAGCGCUUUGUUAAUGCCUGGUCAGAGGCAGCGGCUGGUGAAGAGGAGGAGGAGGAGGAGGAGGAAGAGGAAGAGGGAGACUCAGAUUCUGCGCUGGACUCAGCCUCCCCAUGUCCAUCCUCUCCUCUGCAGAACCGACUGGAGGAGACAGAGAACUGCAGUGACCAAGACAGCACAGGAAACCCGCUAGGCGAAGGAGAGGAUGGGAUGAGAGAGAGACGAGAUUCUGGUGUUGGGGCAUCUCUAACCAGAACUAGCAGGCCACAGAAACUACGCUGGCCGAGCUUCCAGAACUCCCAUCGGCCCAGCUCAGCCUCUGCCCAGCUCCAGAUCAGCUGUCAGUCUGUGCUACAGAUGAAUCUGCUCCAGAAGCUCUCCCUGCUGCAGCUCACUGCUCUGCUGGAGAAACACACCCCCACAAACAAACAUGGCUUCAGCUGGGCCGUGCCAAAGUUUAUGAAGCGGAUCAAGGUGCGCGACUACAAAGACAGGAAUGUGUUCGGUGUGCCACUACAAGUCAUCGUUCAGCGUACAGGCCAGCCCCUCCCUCAAGGAAUUCAGCAGGCAAUGCGCUAUUUGCGCAAUCAUUGCCUCGAUCAGGUGGGUCUUUUCAGGAAAUCGGGAGUUAAAUCGCGCAUCCAAGCUCUUCGUCAGAUGAAUGAGGCGAGCGGCGCAGAUGGAGGAGGAGUCAACUACGAGGGCCAGUCGGCCUAUGACGUCGCAGACAUGCUGAAGCAGUACUUUAGAGAUUUGCCAGAACCCCUGCUCACCAGCAAACUCUCUGAGACUUUCCUCCAGAUUUAUCAGUACAUGCCUAAAGAGCUCCGUCUGCAGGCGGUGCGCGCCGCUGUGCUACUGCUGCCGGACGAGAACCGUGAGGCUCUACGCACGCUGCUGUGCCUGCUGAGCGACGUGACAGCCAGCGUGGCCGAGAACCAGAUGACUCCCACCAACCUGGCUGUUUGUCUGGCGCCGUCCCUCUUCCACCUCAACACCCUGCGGCGCAAGGAGAGCUCCUCGCCAAGGGUGAUGAACAGGAAGCAGACAUUGGGAAAGCCGGACCAGAAAGACCUGAAUGAGAACCUUGCUGCCACGCAUGGCCUGGCACACAUGAUCCAGGAGUGCAGGAAACUUUUCCGGAUCCCAGAGGAGAUGAAUCGGUGCAGGAACUCAUAUGUGGAGCAGGCGCUGCUGCCGCGGCGCAUGGAAGACCUCGCGGGUGAAGAAGCUGGGCAGGGAGGUUACAGGGCCUAUCUACAGGACAGCCUGGAUGCCCUCCUCAAAGAGGCCAAGGACAAGUUUAAAGGUUACGACAGCUGCUCCACACCCGAGCAUGCCGAGCUGGCCUGUAGGAAGGUGCAUGAUUGUUUUCCACUGCGACUGUGGAAGGUGACUGUGGAGGUGCCUGCGACUCCCGAGGAGGUCCUGACGCGAGUGCUGCGGGAGCAGGGCCACUGGGACGAGGACCUGCUUGAGAGCCGUCUGGUGGAGACCCUGGAUGAGAGGACGGAGGUCUACCAGUACGUCAGGAACACCAUGGCUCCACAUCCCACCAGAGACCAUCUGGUGCUCAGAACAUGGUUAACAGACCUACCAAAAGGAGCAUGUGCACUGGUGUGUACAUCUGUGGAUCAUGAGGGUGCACCUGUUGUAGGCGUUCGGGCCAAUGUCCUCACCUCACGCUACUACAUCGAGCCCUGCGGAGCCAACAAGUCCAGACUCACACAUAUUUCCAGGAUCGACUGCAGGGGUCGUUUCCCAGAGUGGUACAAUAAACUGUAUGGACACUUGUGCGCCGCUGAGGUGGCCCGGAUACGCGACUCAUUCACUGUGCCCAUGGACAAAUGAGAGAGCAGUCUGCAAACUUAAGAGCUCCUUUGAGCCCCCACUGUUGGACCGUGAUUCUGGAUCCUACAGUGGAAUCCAAAUGUGACUCAUUCCAUCCAUCCCAAGAGAGAGGUAGAUGGGAUCCAAGCCUCUUUUUACUCACAUUUAAAGGUCAAAUCCUGGAUCCCAGAUUGAAGGACUUUUUUUUGCUCUGAUUUUGCCACAGCAGACUCAUGCUAUGGUUUAAAACUGUUCUGCUGGGGCACUCGAUGUGCUGCCAAGAGGACUCGUGUCACACAAACAUUUAUCUGGGCCAAAGGACAUGGUGUCGCUGAUGUAAGAUUUAAACUUUAUCCAAAGGGUGCUAUUGCUUCUGAGAAGCAAAGGAGGAUUCAACGGGUGUGUGUGCGCGUGUGUGUGCCUGAGUGUUCAAAGCAACAAACGGUUAAUAAAUACAUGUUCCUCGCACUGGUUUCCAGUGGCAACAUAACGUGUACAUACAGUAUUCUGUAAUGGUUUGUGUCUGUCUUAUGUUACCUCUGUCCCUUUUUUCUGUUACAGCAAAGCACAGGAGGAACAGUAGACAAUAUUGUGGUCAGUCGAUUGAUGAAUCCAUGGGUGGAGAAAGAUGUGAAUGUGCUCUAAUAUGCACACUAAGUAGAGACAAUAGACAGGAUAUAGUGAGAUGACAGGUGGAUGAUAGAACAGAGGGUUUUAGUGUUUCAGUAGAGGGAGGCAGAGGCAGAUGAGAACCGGUGGCUGGCUCACCAAAAAGAGAAUGAACGAUCAAAGAAAGGGCCUCAUUGACUAACAUACGAAUAGACAUCUCUUGGUUUGGCAGUUUGGAAGAUAUAUUGGUAAAAUUAUUUAGUAUGCUAAUGGGUAUAUUGCAAAAAGCUCUUUAUUCAACUCUGAAAAACUAUAAAAGCUUAGCUAAGGAACAGUUUGUGACUGAGGCUCACAGUUAGAGACACGAUCACACCAACAAAACGAAAAUGUAAGACCUAUAGAUCUACAGCAUCGGACCAAAUCUGUAAAAGACUGAAGGUUAGAGGUAGCGUUAUUAAGAGCACAGUCAAUUCACUUUCUUUUUAAUUGUUGUAGGCAGGUCUUCACUUAAAAGCAUUAAAAAAAAACAAGAAAAAAUAUUGAUUUCACUACUAUUUUGAUGUACACAAGAACAGAAAAAAAACAAUGCACUGUUCUGACUUACAGGAGAAAACCUCUGGCUAGUCCUAUAAAAGAUGAGAAGUAAACAGAAAAAAAAGGUCCUUUUAUAAAGGUGGAGAUUUUACAGGUUUUACUGUAGAGAAGAGGGCAGAUUGAAUGUUUGUGUGACUUCAAAAGGAAGGAAAACUACGUUUGUGUAAACUUCUUUCUCUGUGCUGUCGUGUCAGUGUUUGUAAAAAGACGCAAGAGAUUUAGGUCCUCAUAACAAAGCUGACCUUCAUUACUUUACACUCACGCUUCAAUCUGAGGGCUUGCAUUUGUCAUGUGGGGGUAUAGGGUUAAUUCACUAAGCCAUUGUUCAUAGCAUAAAUGUUUGUAACUUUAACUGUGUCCCUGCCAAAUAAUAACGCAUGACAAUGACAGUUAAUUUAAAACAAUAUAUUUAUACCUCAGAUAUAUGUUUGUUUUGUAUCAUGCCAUUUUAUUUUAUUUUAUUGUAAAUGUUAAGCUUUGUGUUACAGAAAUGAACAAAUGUUUUAUCUUUUUUAUUAAUAUUAUUUCUGUACAGGUUAAUCAAAGUGCACUAUUAAAUGUAUUAAAAUAAAAAAAAUGAGAGUCUGUGAGAUAUCUUGAGAGUUAUGUAACAGUGAAUACAGGGAGACUUUUCAGAACAAACAAAAAGGCAGAUCUUUGCUCUUAAAAUCCCUCAUAAUCUCCAAGUCAGUUGUUUACACUACAGUUUGUCACAUCCAACCUUACUCUGGGUUUCCAUUCCCCUCACCGCCUCAGCCUCCUCUCUCUGUGCCUUCAGGGCUUGGCAGAUGGUGAUCUCACUUGUUGUCUUGUUUCUUAUGUAACAGCUUCAUAUUAGCAGAAGACAAUGGUGUCCAUUGUACCACAGCUGGCCUGGUCCAGCCCUGGCAGACUCAAGACGGAGGGGUGCAGUCACGCGGGAAGAGGAAGGGGUCCAAGGGUCAGAGUGGGGGCCGAUGUACCACUGUGUUUUUAAUCACUGGACAAAGCAAGAAGUGUCCGUGUGGAGGCAAAAAACAUCUUCCCAUGUGCAUGUGCUGUACUUUUGUUCACACUUUGCUCUUAUUCAAACACUGGAAUUACUGUGUUAUAACCUAUAAGCUGCACUUACUUAAGGAUGGGUGCGUUCCACAUGUGUACAGUGUGACAGCAGAAACAAGUGUUAACAAGACAGAGCGUCGCUUUUUUUUUUCUUGUGGACCAUGAACACAUCACGCACUCUCCUCUUGAGUACCACACAGGAACUAGAGAUUAAGCAGAGACUCACACACGUCACCACAGAUGUAUGCAUGUUUUUGCCUUUGAAUUUGUUACAUACAUUCAACAGAUUUGUCUUAACUUGAAC